CUAGACUAAGAUAACUUAGCUCUUCAAUAUACAAGUACAUGACCUGUGUGCCACUGCAGUGUGCCACCAUGGAUGCUAAACCCCCUCACCUAAUUCUAAAAUCUCAGUCCAUAUUUCUUCGCCUCAGCGGCUAACCUUUUGUCUCGGUCAACUGCAGACAGAUACGAAAAAGCUUUCUCCACAUCCUCUACUGGAUUCUCUUCCUACACACACACAAUGGCCUGUCGAGCCCUUUUAAGGAAAAGGAAGCUCGUCUCAGACUAUUUGGAGGCAUCUGUUCAGUCAAUUCAAAAUUUUCAGAAAUUCAGCUCUCUUCAGCCCACUCAUUGUUUUGGAGGUGUUGCCUCUGCCGGAAACCACCUUUGUCAAACUUCAGACUAUCCAAAUGAUCACGAAGAAGUUUCAAGUUUUCCAACAUCAAGAUUUUUAUGGAAUAGAUCUGUUGGAAUCAUACUACCUGGCCAUGGAAAUCUUGGAAUCAAAUUGCCUGUAAGAAUGAAUCUCAUCUCACCUAUGGGACAGAGAUUCUUUCCUUCCUCUGCUCAUUAUUCUUCAACAGCAACUGCAAAACAAUCUGAUAGUGGAAGUGAUGAUGAAAAUGAAGAUCUGAUUGCGAAAAAGAAGAAAGAACCAUCUCCAGAGGAAUGCGAUCAAGCUGUUGAAGGGCUAAGUUCUGCUAAAGCAAAAGCGAAGGCAAAACGACUCCUAGAAUCUCAGAAGGUUGCCAAAUCUGCGGUACAAAGAGUAUGGGCUACACUAUUGGGUAUUGGCCCAGCCUUGCAAGCUGUAGCUUCCAUGAGCAGGGAAAAUUGGGCCAAAAAGCUCACUCAUUGGAAGAAGGAGUUUAUAUCCACACUGCAACACUAUUGGCUGGGUUCUAAGCUUUUGUGGGCAGAUGUGAGGAUCAGUUCUAGGCUAUUGUUAAAACUUGCCAAAGGGAAGAGUCUGUCUCGUAGGGAGAGGCAACAACUUACACGCACUACAGCUGAUAUUUUCAGACUGGUUCCGUUUGCUGUAUUCAUCAUUGUGCCAUUCAUGGAAUUUUUGCUGCCAGUUUUCUUGAAAUUAUUUCCCAACAUGUUACCAUCAACAUUUCAAGACAAGAUGAAAGAACAGGAAGCAUUAAAGAGAAGGUUAAAUGCGAGGAUAGAAUAUGCGAAAUUUCUUCAAGACACUGUUAAAGAAAUGGCAAAAGAAGUACAAAAUUCUCAGAGUGGGGAUGUAAAGAAAACAGCAGAAGAUCUGGACGAGUUCCUGAGCAGGACUAGAAGAGGCGCUCCCGUCGCAAAUGAGGAAAUUUUGGGGUUCGCUAAAUUAUUCAAUGAUGAACUCACUCUGGAUAAUAUUAGCAGGUCUCGAUUAGUAAGCAUGUGCAAGUACAUGAGUGUCCGUCCUUUCGGAACAGAUGCAUAUUUGCGUUAUAUGCUUCGAAACAAGUUACAAAGGAUCAAGAAUGAUGAUAAAUUGAUUCAAGCUGAAGGCGUGGAGUCUCUAUCAGAGGCUGAACUUCGUGAGGAGUGUAGAGAGCGUGGCAUGCUUGGGUUGCGUUCAGUAGAUGAUAUGCGUCAACAGCUGCGUGACUGGUUGGAUUUGUCACUUAAUCAUGCAAUACCAUCUUCAUUGUUGAUUCUGUCCAGGGCUUUCAUUGUAUCUGGAAGGUCCAAGAUAGAGGAGGCAGUAGGGGCUACAUUAUCUUCACUUCCAGAUGAAGUUGUGGACACUGUGGGUAUCACAUCCUUGCCAUCUGAAGAUUCUGUUUCAGAAAGAAGGAGGAAAUUGGACUAUCUUGCUAUGCAAGAUGAACUUAUCAGGGAGGAGGAAAAGAAAGAGGAAGAAGAGCAGGCCAAGAAGAAGGAAUGUGUUGGUAGUCACGAUGAUAUUGCUCUGAAAGAGAUGAUUAUUCCAACAGCUAGAGAAGCACAAGAACAAGCUAGAGCAAAAGCUCUUGACAAACAAGAGGAUCUAUGUGAAAUCAGCCAAGCCUUAGCUGUCCUGGCUUCUGCCUCUUCUGUGAGCAGGGAGAGGGAAGAGUUUCUAAGGCUUGUUAAUAAGGAGAUAGAACUCUACAAUAGCAUGGUAGGAAAAGAAGGUACUGAUAAUGAAGUAGAUGUCAUGAAGGCAUAUAAAGCUGCUCGUGAAGAAAGUGAUCCAGUCUCUGAAGUUACUGCACAGGAUGCAGUGUCUUCUGCUCUUGUAGAUAAGGUUGACUCAAUGCUUCAGAACCUUGAGAAGGAAAUUGAUGACGUAGAUGCAAAAAUUGGUGACCGUUGGCAAAUCCUUGACAGGGACUAUGAUGGGAAAGUGACUCCUGAAGAGGUGGCCGCCGCCGCAAUGUACCUGAAGAAAACUCUGGGAAAAGAAGGGAUUCAAGAUUUCAUUACCAACCUCUCCAAAGAUGCAGAUGGGAAAAUUCUUGUGGAAGACAUAGUCAAAUUGGGAAGUCGUGUAGAAGAUAUGAGGUUGUGAUGGUGUACUCGGAUAGCCAGUCUGCUAUCCAGCUGUGCAAAAAUCCAGUAUUCCAUGAUAGGACAAAGCACAUUGAUGUUAGAUUUCAUUUUAUCAGGGACAUUGGUGACAAAGGAGAAGUGAAGCUAUGCAAGAUUGCCUCUGAAUUCAAUCCCGUUAACAUGGGGACUAAAUGUCUCAAUUUUGAAAAACUUUGAUCUUGUAAGCGAACUCUUAAUUUAGACUGUGGCUAGAUAAGAACAGAUACACAAGAAAUCUCGAUGAUGAUCCUCCCUUUCACAAUAUGCUCGACACCACCAGGGGCCAAUAAGGUGGAGAAUGUGAGUGGUAUUGGCCCCAUUCACAUUUAUUGAGCCUGGCCCAUAAUGGGCUGUCCGCCCUGACCAGCUCACUCGCCCUUAGUUUGUCUUGUCCAGCCCGUGACUCCUAUAGCCCCUUGAAUAUAUUUGUCCCGUUCCUUUUAGAGACCACUAUUUACUUCCGCUUCUUUCUCCCUCUUCGAUGAGUCGUUCUGAGUGUUGCCCUAGUUCUAGAGUGAGAUAGAGAGGAGUUGUCUUCGGUUGUGCUCUGGCCACCCUCCGACUGUCUCCUGGGAUACCUUUGGGUGCUUCACUCUUGGUUGGUUGGUUGGCGGGUUUCUUCGGUGGGUUCUUUCUGAGUGAGGUUGACUGCUGUGGUUGUUGCCCUCCCCUUUUCCCUUUAGAAGCCCUCUGGUGGUUAGAUGACGAGCAACCUUCGUGGUUUGGUGAUUGAGGUCUGAGCCGGUCCUAAAAUCUCUACAUGGACUCUCGUACAAAAUCAGCAUUAUAUGAACUUAAAAUUAGUAGAAUUUGAUAAGUAAUACGAAGUACGAAGUAUUAUUUA